GUAUAUCUAUUCCUCAUGUUGAUCUCCAGUAAGCAGUUGCCGAUUGGCCGCUCCCAGAGCUGGGACACGCUGGGUGGGAAUGAGGGUCAUUGGGAGCGCAGUGACAGUGUUUAUGAGCAGCAGGCCCGGAUGGCUGGUCGACGGAACUCACUGAGCUAUGGAGCAGACACAGGAGGGGGAUGGUAUGAGCCACCGCCUGGAGUGCGUCCUCCUGACCUCGAUUUGAAACGGGAGCCAGACUCCUACCAGCAAUCCCUUUACAACCAAGGUUAUUUAGAUCGUCCGGACCCACGUCACAUAAGAAAGAGCUCCGUUCCUGAGUUGAACAGCCAUUACGACCGACCAUCCAUGGCAAACCGUGGUUCCCUGCCACACCAUGACUACUAUCAGCAAGACCCAGGCAUGCCACCUCGGCCAACAGAUGGUUUCUAUCGUGGAGAGCAACCUCAUUCUCUCAAUAGGUCAUCUUCACAUUAUGGAAUAAUGGCAGGUCCUCGGCAACUGUGGGAACAGAGUUCAGGAGGUCGGCCUGGUUCUGCUGCCCCAACACCUGGCAUACCUCCUCCCCCACCUCCAAGUGCUCAUGACAUGGGUCGUAUUUAUAGGGAACCAUCCCUGCCUGGACCCCCACCUGCUACACCUAGCACAAAAAUGAUGCAGGAUGGGCAGCGCGUUCCAAGCCGAGCGCCAUCUCCUGCUCGUUAUAUAAUGGAGCCAAAUUCUCCCCGUUACGGUGCUGAGCCUCCUGCCUCUCUCACUAGCCAUUCAGUCUACAGUGACGUUAACGGAAGGCCGAUUGAUCAGCCAACAGCCACCUGCCUGGUGGUUGAUCCAGUUGCUCAAGGAAUGGAUGGAACUGCCCGAGGUAUGGUCAUGCAUCUGGAAAACCCCUCACCAUACACCAUACAGCAACAGCAAGCCCAACAACAGGCUCAACAGCAAGCGCAGCAGCAAGCGCAGCAACAAAUGCAACAACAAAUGCAACAACAAAUACAGCAGCAGCAAAUGCAGCAGGUUCAGCCAGUGCAGCAAAUGCAGCAAGUUCAGCCAGUACAGCAAAUGCAGCAUGUUCAGCCAGUGCAGCAAAUGCAGCCAGUGCAGCAAGUUCAGCAAGUACCACAGGUUCAGCCAGUGCAGCAAGUUCCACAUGUGCAACCCGUGGCACCUCCAAAUCCCGUCUACACUCCAGUUCCCCCUACAGCCCUUGCCCCAGUAACCACUCCUGCUCCAUUACCACAACUUUCUGCUCAGCCUCUUACUGCUGCUCCUCCUCCCACUGUCCCUCAGACCCCAGUGGCUCCUGUAGACCCUAAAAAAAAUGCAGACCCUGAGUUUCUGGCAUUGCUGCAAAAAGAGGGCCUCUCGGAAAGCACCAUCACUUCUCUACUGCAGCAGGGCUUUGACUCCACUGCAAUGUUGGCUGUUAUGGAGGAAAAUGAUGUGCGUUCAGUGGCCCCAAACUUGGGCCAAGCCAGGGUUCUGUCUCGUGUUGUGCUAGGUUACAAACGACCACCUGAAAUCCUUCCAGCUACCCCCAUGCAUCCUAGUGCUCCAGUCCGUGGCAGAUCCAACAGCUUUAGCCAUCGCAGUGACAUUUAUGUGCACCAGCCACCACCCUUGACUCCAGGCUUGGAGUCCCAGUAUAUGCAGCCACCCUCUACCCCCAUGCAGACUAUAUCUCCAAGGAUGGGUGAGGGCUAUAGUCGGAGACCCAGCAGUGCUCCCUCCCAGCAGCUUCUUGAGUCCAGUGGGUAUCCUGGAGCCAGGUCUGCAGGAGCAUACAGUGGUUCUGUGGUUCCAGUCCAGACUCGCCCAAUGUCAGGGUACAAUCCACAUGCUGGCUUGCCCAUGCCACCCAUGACUGCAAUGUCCCAACACGUAGCCAUUCCAUCACAUCUGCCAGUAAUGCCAUCACAAAUGGCAAUCCAUGCAAUGCCACAGCCUUUGCCAGCACUGCCUGCAGUUCCCCAACAAAUGACUAUGCCUGCUUUGGCACCCCAGCAAGCUCCAAAGGCAUACACAACCAACUAUACUGUACCAAUGGAGUUGAUGAAGAGGGAUCGGAGCUUAGCCACAAUGUCGCCCAUGCCCAGUCCCCAUGUAAGCCCACAAGUAAUGCGCAGGGCUGGAGUGUCCUCAGAUGGAUCCCUAGUACCUGUUGGUAGUGCCGCACCAGGCCAAAAUGUGAAUCUGGCUAAUCAGAAGCUCAGCCGGCGUACUGGACCUCCGGUCAUUGUCUCCACUAUGGCAUCACCGGACACAAGUAUAAGGCCGCAAAUCAUGAACGGUCCGAUGCAUCCUCGGCCGCUGGUCGCUCUGUUGGACGGGAGGGACUGUACUGUAGAGAUGCCCAUCCUGAAGGAUUUGGCCACUGUGGCGUUCUGUGAUGCACAGUCAACGCAGGAAAUCCAUGAGAAGGUGUUGAACGAGGCAGUGGGGGCGAUGAUGUACCACACCAUCACUCUGACUAGAGAAGAUCUGGAGAAAUUUAAAGCCCUCCGAAUCAUAAUCCGCAUCGGUAGUGGAUAUGACAAUAUUGACAUUAAAGCAGCUGGAGAGAUGGGUAUUGCAGUGUGUAAUAUUCCAUCAGCUGCCGUGGAAGAGACGGCAGACUCUACACUUUGCCACAUCCUGAACUUGUACAGGAGGAACACCUGGCUGUACCAGGCCAUGAGAGAGGGCACACGGGUCCAGAGCGUGGAGCAGAUCCGAGAGGUGGCGUCAGGGGCCGCCCGCAUCAGAGGAGAAACACUUGGACUUAUUGGCUUUGGCCGAUCAGGACAGGCAGUGGCUGUUCGAGCAAAAGCGUUUGGCUUCAAUGUGAUCUUUUAUGACCCAUACCUGCAAGACGGUUUAGAGCGAUCGCUGGGCGUCCAGAGAGUUUACACCUUACAGGACCUCCUGUACCAGAGCGACUGUGUGUCUCUCCACUGCAACCUAAACGAACACAAUCACCACCUCAUUAACGAUUUCACCAUCAAACAGAUGCGACAGGGAGCGUUCCUAGUCAACACAGCCCGAGGGGGUCUGGUUGAUGAAAAAGCCCUGGCUCAGGCUCUAAAAGAGGGCAGGAUACGGGGGGCCGCCCUGGACGUUCACGAGUCUGAACCUUUCAGUUUUACUCAGGGUCCUCUGAAGGAUGCGCCCAAUCUGAUCUGCACCCCUCACACAGCAUGGUACAGUGAGCAGGCCUCACUAGAAAUGAGAGAGGCCGCGGCCACUGAGAUCCGCAGGGCCAUCACUGGUCGUAUUCCAGACAGUCUCAGAAACUGCGUCAACAAAGAGUUUUUUGUUACUACGGCACCGUGGGGGGUGAUGGAGCAGCAGGUACAUCCGGAGCUCAACGGUGGAGCUUACAGCAGAGUGGCCCAACCGCUACCAGCCGUUUCUCCUGGCGGCCUGCAAGACAAAAUGUAUACCUAAACAAUGACAGGUUCCCCCCUGGUGCGGUGGGUGUCUCUCCUGGUGGCAUGGGUGGUCAAAUAGAGGGCAUGAUGCCUGGCGGGGUGCCCAGUGCCCACCCCCUGCCGCCGGGCACCCAGCCCAGCCUCGCCCCUUCCCCCACCCAGCUCCUCAAACACAGCGAUCAUAGAGAACACCUCGCCAAGUCAUAACCACGGCGACUACAUACGCGCGUGACCACUGACCAAUAGACAGCAGCGUUCAAUCAUUCAGCAAAUCUAAGAGACUAAGAGACAGUGAACGGGUGAAAAAGCAAUCAGCUGCCGCUAGCUGCACCGGAGACAUGCUUCACAGACGUCUCUCCACUGUCUUGUUUUCAGUUUUAGUGUUUUUCUGUUCAUUUACGUUUUAACCCAGGAAGUUCGGUGGUUUUGUUUCUGUUGUUUUUGUGAGGGGAGGACGUCAUUUACACCUGUUCUACUGCAGGUGGGCGGUGCUUUCUUGUUAGGAGGCGUGGCAUGACAUAAUGGCUACGCCUCUUUCCUCAUGCACCAGUUUGAAACAUUGACAGAUAUCAUGUCAUGCACUUCUCUUCUUCCUCCUCACCUUAUUUGGGCAUGUAACAGAACUCAACGCAGUUAUUCAGUUAUACGUUUCAACAUCGUUUGUAUCUUUACAUCCACAGAAUUAGUGCUUGUCUUUGUUUCAGUGUUAAAAGUGCUUGAUAAUGAAAAAAUAUAUAUACAUUGUAUCUAUUAAGAGAACAGAGAGAUAAAGGCUGUUCUUGAGCAAAAAUAAAGAUGAUAGUGUAAUUAUUAGCUUUUUUUCCACAACAUUUUGAGUAGCUGACCUCUUGUUUACAGAAUUGCACAAAUUUAACAAGCACCAGCUCAGAAACCACCCCUCUUUAAGACCCAAAAGCACACUGUUUAACUGAUAUAUAUAUAUAUAAAUUAGUUUAGAUUAAAAAUGUUUUUUUUCCCCAGGAUUUAUUCAAUUCUGCAUCAGGUUUUUAAAUGUCAGUUUCUAAAAACAGCAAUCUGGAUUUGAGUGAACGUCACCAUGAGGAACAUAAUUUAGAUUUUGUGUUUGCUAUGAGUUCUGUAAAACUCAAAAAAUAGAUGGCAGCUCACACAGAAAAGGGACUGGAGUGAAAAACCGCCCCUGUCUCAGGAAGAACAUUUUUCGGCUACUCCAAAACACACGACAGCCCUGUCUAAAUACUCGCUCCUUCCCAUCAGCCUAUCCGCCUACCCGAGGUAUUUUUAUAGAUCUGACAUCCAGUGCGUUUUUGGUGUUGAAUGUAUGGCAGUUAAAUUAGAUCUGUAUUGUCUAGUUUAAUGUUUUUGUAACCAUACUUUCCUGUGAUCCUCUCCCUGUUCUUUUUUUUGUUUGUUCGUUUUUUUUAUUUUUAUUUUUGGGUUCUUUAUGUGGAAGCGCACUGUUCUGAGCUCAUUAUGUUGUUUGUAUGCAAUAUUCUGAGGUCCUCGGCCAACUCCAGUCAGGUUGGUUCCAGAACUGUAGGUUUGGUUUUUAGUGUGAGUAUUUGUAUUUGUUUAUUGUACCGAGGUGAACAUUUAGCAUACAGUACAGUUCAAAUAAAAAAUACCGUUCUGACUUUC